AUGAGGUUGCAGACCCAUGAUCGUCCCGACAUUAUAUCAAGAGUUUUCAAAAUUAAGUUGGAUGAGUUGUUGUUUGAUUUGACUAAGAAGCAUGUCUUAGGGAGAGUGGUUGCAUAUAUAUACACUGUUGAGUUUCAAACGAGAGGUUUACCACAUGCUCAUAUUUUGCUAUUCAUGCAUCCGCAAAGCAAGUAUCCCACUCUCGAGGACAUAAACAACAUCAUUUCAGCAGAGAUACCAUCAAAAGAAGAUGAUGUGGAAUUGUAUAAUCUAGUGAAGAGACAUAUGAUUCACGGUCCGUGUUGUUUGGCAAACAUGCUGUCACUUUGCAUGAAAAACACAAAAUGCUCUAAAUUCUUUCCAAUAAAAUGGCAGCCUCGGACUAUAGUUGAUCAAGAUGGAUAUCCUGUGUACCGAAGCAGGGAUACUGGAACCACUGUUACGAUAAAAAACGUUGUUAUUGAUAACAGAUUUGUUGUUCCUCACAAUCCAUAUCUGUUGAAGAAAUUUCAAGCUCACAUUAAUAUGGAAUGGUGUAAUCAAGGUACUUCGGUUAAGUACUUAUUUAAAUAUAUAAACAAGGGGUAUGACAGGAUUACCGCUGCUAUCGUAGAAGGAGACAACGACAGUCCUUUGACCGCUAAAAAUGGCGAUGAAAUCAAGCAGUAUAUUGAUUGUAGAUAUGUCUCACCAAGCGAAGCAUGUUGGAGAAUAUUUUCUUUUCCCAUUCAUGGAAGGUCUCCUGCAGUAGAAAGAUUAUAUUUUCAUCUUGAGGGUGAUAAUUCGAUAUAUUAUACCGAUUACGAACUGAUAGAUGAGGUCCUUGAAAAACCAAGUGUGAAGGAAUCAAUGUUUACCGCUUGGAUGGAAGCAAACAAAACAUAUCUAGAGGCCAGAAAUCUGACCUACUCAAAUUUCCUUACUAAGUUUGUUAAUGAUAAAAGAUACCGACGAUGGAGACCGCGUAACAGAGGGUACACCAUUGGAAGACUAAUCUGGGUUCCUCCAAGUACAUGUGAGUUGUAUUACCUGAGAAUGAUGCUGAUUGUUGCAAAAGGGCCAACAUGUUACGAGGAUAUAAAAAAGGUCGGGGGAAUUGUUCGAGACAGUUUUAGAGAUGCAUGUUUUGAAAUGGGGUUUCUUAAUGAUGACAAGGAAUAUGUUGCAGCCAUUAACAAGGCCAAAGAUUGGGGUUCGGGACAUUUUUUGAGAAAUUUAUUUGUAACUAUGCUACUGUCCGGUACAAUUAACAGACCGCGUCACGUUUGGCAAAAAACUUGGAAGACGCUGUCCGACGGUAUUCUGCACCGACAAAGACAGUUAAAUCAUAUAAGAGAUAUGCAGUUAACAGAAGCUGAGUUGAAAAACUUGACACUCAUUGAGAUUGAGAAUAUGUUGCAAUCCAAUCGAAGAAGUUUGCACGAGUUCAAAGACAUGCCUUAUCCGGAUGCUUAUGUCACACGGCACGUUGGGAACAAACUGAUUUACGAAGAACAUGAUUACAAUACUGAAAAUGAACGAGAAAACUUCAACAAUCUCUUUUGUGCCCUUACAGGUGGACGAACUGCUCAUUCCAAGUUCAAAAUUCAUGUGCCAACACUUGACAACUCCACUUGCAAUAUUGACAAAAACACUGAACAUUCUCAAUUAUUCGAGGCAACGGACGUGAUAAUAUGGGAUGAAGCACCUAUGGCUCAUAAAAAUUAUUUUGAGGAAUUGGAUAAAACACUUAAAGACGUCAUGACCAAGAAGGGUCUUGGGAAUAAAAUCUUCGGCGGCAAAGUUGUUGUUUUUGGAGGAGACUUCAGACAGAUUUUUCCAGUUGUUCCGAGAGCAGGGCGUUAUGAUAUUGUUCAUGCAUCCAUAUGCUCCUCUUAUAUCUGGGACAAUUGUCAGGUUCUAACACUGACAAAAAACAUGAGACUUCAGCAGGGAAGCGAUAAUACAAGUUAUAAGGAAUUAGCGGAGUUCUCAAAAUGGAUUUUAAAUGUCGGUGAUGGUAAGAUAUCCGAACCAAAUGAUAGAUUGGCGGACAUAGAGAUUCCUCAAGAUUUAUUGAUUACCAAUUAUGAAGAUCCUGUCAAAGUUAUUGUUGAAAAUACAUAUCCCAAUUUGGUUAAUGUAUUCCAAGAUGUUGCAUAUCUACAAGGAAAAGCAAUUCUUGCCUCAACCAUUGAAGUUGUGGAUAAGAUCAAUCAUUAUGUAUUGGACCUUAUACCAGGAAAAAAGAAAGAGUAUCUUAGUUACGAUUCAAUUGAUAGAACUGAUACGAGUUAUACCGAAGCUUAUGAAGUGCUAACUCCAGAAUUUCUUAGCAAAUUAAGAACAUCAGGUUUACCAGAUCAUAGAAUCAAAUUGAAAGUUGGUACUCCCAUUAUGCUUAUGAGAAAUUUGGACCAAUCAGAUGGGUUGUGCAAUAGAACAAGAUUGAUUGUCACAAGAUUGGCCAAUCAUGUCAUUGAGGCAAAAAUUAUUUCUGGCAAGAACAUAGGUAACCUUUUUUACAUUCCUCGAAUGUCUAUGUCACCUUCAGAGUCACCAUGGCCAUUUAAGUUGAUUAGGAGACAAUUUCCAAUUAUUGUCUCUUACGCAAUGACAAUUAAUAAGUCUCAAGGUCAGUCUCUUGAUAGUGUUGGUUUGUAUUUGCCUUCUCCCGUGUUUAGUCAUGGACAACUUUAUGUUGCAAUCUCAAGAGUUACUACAAAAAAUGGUCUUAAAAUCUUAAUACACGACAAAGAGAAUGUUCCGUGCUCCACUACCACAAAUGUUGUAUACAAGGAGGUUUUACAAUCACUUUGUUAG